AUAACCAUGGAGUGCCCAUUCUUGUGUGGCUUCCACACACCCAAUGAUAAUCACGCCGAGUAUCAAAUCACGGCCCACAUUGAGCUGCAUCAUACUCCAGAGUCUCAGUUUGCAGUCGAAGACAAGGAUCUGGAAUUCGCUCUCGCGUUACAGAGAGAAGAGGAGCAAGUAUUCGCCGAUGGCAAAGAACGUGACACUCCAACACAAUGGACUACUGAGGACUCUGGCCCGAAUAAGGAAAGCGCUGCCAACCCCACGGACGAUGACUUUCCUUAUGUCGAAUGUCCCAAAUGCGAAGACUUCGUUCACCUCGUCGAACUUGACGAACACAUGAACAACCAUUUAUCAUUACAGUAUUCAUCCGAUACCAUCGCUGGCAACAUGGCUGGAAUCGACUCUGGAUACGAUACCGACUUUUGUCAAUCCUCAGCUGCCCUGCAAUGCUCGAAAACAAUCGCUCGUCCCCUUGAUCAGCACUACAAAGCAAAUCCGGCAGAGACUAGGCCGAAGAGAAUACGCCUUUGUAAAAAGAGCUUGGCCCGUACGCAUUCGAGAACAAAAUGCCGGAAAGCUUGCUCAAGCGACUCCGAGACGGCGAACCAACGAGAAGAAUCAAUCGUAUCACCAGGGAUGGCCAGAUUCAUACGGACCGCAUUGUGGACAACGAAGUUCCUGAGCUUGUUCCAAUUAUCACACGACUUUGCGUUGCUUCAUCCAACCACAUUGAAACCGUUUAUCUCUGCCAUCCAAGCGUUCAACAUGUGCACAAAGGGACCAACCCAGGCCAUUUCUGCGGCUAUCGCAAUAUUCAGAUGCUUGUGUCGUUCAUUCAAGGCACGAAAGCCAGAGCUCAUGAACGUUUUGNNGGACUUGAUCGAAGAAGCAUGGGAUUACGACCCAAGCAAUCUCGGCAGGCAGGAGACUGGCGGUGUCCGCAAUACGAGAAAAUGGAUUGGCACUCCCGAGGUGAGAUCGAUCUGUAAGUACCUAAACAUCGAUCACGCCGUCUACGCCUUCAGCAACACACAAGCCGGACGAGCACAUGAGCACCUGCUCGACUUCGUGGAAGACUACUUUUCUCGCGAUAUAGAAGAGCUUGGCUCCAAAGUACACAAGUCUCAUCGUCCUCCAAUCUACUUGCAACAGCCAGGCCACUCGAUGACGAUCAUUGGGAUCGAGCACUAUGUGAAUGGUAAACGCAGUCUUUUGGUCUUCGAUCCAGGAUUCGGACCAGCCAAGCAGUUAACGGAUAUGGUCACACAACCGUCGAAUGCUGCGAUAUCCGCAAAGACUGCCGAUCGCCUUAUCAGAUCCCACAAGCGUACCAUCGCACAGCUAGCAAGAUAUGAUGAGUUCGAAGUCUUGGCGUGA